UUCAGCUGCUCCUCGCCCCGCCCCGUCAUUGUCCCCAUCCGUCUCCAUUACCCUUCCGUCCUAAAAGCUUUGAGAGCUGCUGGCUUCUCCCGGUGCUCCGCGUCUCUCCACCUUCGGUGGGUCAGACGGGCAGGAUGGAGGGCUGCCUGGGGGAGGAAUCUUUUCAGAUGUGGGAGCUCAACCGGCGCCUGGAGGCCUACCUGGCCCGGGUCAAGGCGCUAGAGGAGCAGAAUGAGCUACUCAGCGCUGAGCUCGGGGGUCUCCGGGCACAGGCCGGGGACGCCUCCUGGAGGGCCCGUGCCGACGACGAGCUGGCGGCCCUGCGGGCCCUCGUCGACCAGCGCUGGCGGGAGAAGCGCGCGGCCGAGGUGGCGCGCGACAACCUGGAAGAAGAGGUGGAGGGCGUGGCGAGCCGGUGCCAGCAGCUGCGGCUGGCUCGGGAGCGGACCGCGGAGGAGACGACCCGCAGCCGGCGCGCGGUCGAGGCCGAAAAGCGCGCCCAGGCCUGGCUGAGCACCCAGGCGGCGGAGCUGGAGCGCGAGCUGGAGGCUCUGCGCGCGGCGCACGAGGAGGAGCGCGCGGGCCUGAACGCUCAGGCUGCCUGCGCCCCCCGCGGCCCCGCUCCGCCCCGCGGGCCCCCCGUGCCGGCCCCCGAGGUGGAGGAGCUGGCGCGGCGGCUGGGCGAGACGUGGCGCGGGGCAGUGCGCGGCUACCAGGAGCGCGUGGCGCACAUGGAGACGUCGCUGGGCCAGGCCCGCGAGCGGCUGGGCCACGCGGUGAAGGGCGCCCGCGAGGGUCGCCUGGAGCUGCAGCAGCUCCAAGCGGAGCGCAGCGGCCUCCAGGAGCGCAGGGCCGCGCUGGAGCAGAGGUUGGAGGGCCGCUGGCAGGAGCGGCUGCGGGCUACUGCGCAGUUCCAGCUGGCCGUGGAGGCCCUGGAGCAGGAGAAACAGGGCCUACAGAGCCAGAUCGCCCAGGUCCUGGAAGGUCGGCAGCAGCUGGCACACCUCAAGAUGUCCCUCAGCCUGGAGGUGGCCACAUACAGAACCCUCCUAGAGGCAGAGAACUCCCGGCUGCAGACACCUGGCAGCGGUUCCAAGGCUUCCCUCAGCUUCCUGGACCCUAAGCUGGAGCUGCAUUUCCCUGGGACCCCAGAGGGCCGGCGUCUGGGACCUUUGCUCUCUGUCCUGAGCCCUACUCCCCUCUCCUCACCUUUGCCUGAUACCCUUGAAACACCUGUGCCAGGCUUUCUGAAGAGCCAGGAACUCCUUCAGACCCAUACCCCCACCUCGGCCAGCACCCCCAUUCCGCCCACACCUCAGGCUCCCUGCCCUGCCACAGAUGCCAAGAUCAGAGCCCAGGAUGCCCCUCUCUCCCUGCCCCAGCCACGGGUUGGGAUGCAACAGGUUCCAGAAGCUGUGUGGGCUGAAGCCAAGGUGGCCACCCCUGCCAGCGUCCUGCCAGGACCAGAGGAGCCUGGGGGCAAGCAACAAGAGCCCAGUCCAGGCCAGUCCUCUGAAGAUCAUGCCUCCCUGGCUCCAGCCCUCAGCCCUGACCAUCCCAGUUUAGAGGCCAAAGAUGGAGAACCCGGUGGGUCUAGAGAGUCCAGCAGAUUCCAGGAGGAAGGGGAAGGACAAAUCUGGGGGCUGGCAGAGAAAGAAACAGCUGUAGAGGUCAAAGUAAUAAGCAGCUUGCAGCAGGAAACACGUCAAGAAGAGGGGGAUCUGGACAUGAAAGAAAUCCAAGACUCCCCGGGUCCUUUGGAAAAAGAAACUCUGAAGUCUCCGGAAGAGGAGAUUCAAGAGCCACUGAUUUCUCUGGAAAAACAGCGCCAUGAGACAAUGAGAUCUCUAGAGAAGGAGAAUCAGGAAUCUCUGAGGUCUUUGGAAGAAGAGAACUUAGAAACACUAAAACCUCUAGAAAAGGAGAAUCAGGAGUUAUUGCAGUCUUUAGAAGGAAAGGAGAUGGAGGUAAUGAGACCUCUAGAAAAAGAGACUCUAGAACUACUUAAGCCUAUAGGAAAAGAGGACCCACAGACAUUGCAAUCACUAGAAAAGGAGAGUCAAGAAAUAAUGAGGUCUCUUCAAGGAAAGGUAGAAACAUUUUUAUAUCCAGGAAAGGAAAAUCAAGAAUUAGUGAGGUCUCUAGAAGAGGAGAACUUUGAGUCAUUGAGCGCUCUAGAAAAGGAAAGGCAAGAGCCACUGAGAUGUCAAGAAGUAGAGAACCAGGAAACACUGAGACCCUUAGCAAAAGAGAAUCAAGAGCCACUGAGAUCUCUAGAAGAAAAAGACCAGGAGACAUCAAGACCUCUAGGAAAAGAGAAUCAUGAAUCUCUGAGGGCUCCAGAAGAUGAGAACCAAGAGACUUUGAGAUAUCUAGAAAAAGAAAACCAGGAGUCACUGAGAUCUCUAGGAGAAGAUCAGAAGGCAAUGAGACCUCUAGAAGAAGAAGACCAGGAGACAUUGAGACCUCUAGAAAAAGAGAAUCAGCCACUGAAGUCUCUAGAAAAAGAAGACCAGAUGACAUUGAGCCCUCUAGAAAAGGUGAAACCAGAGGCACUAAAGUCUCUUGGAAAAGACCAGGAGAUAGUUCGACUUCUCGAAAAAGAGAAUCAAGACUUAUUAAGGUCCCUAAAUGAAGAGAGUGUAGAGGCAGUGAGAUCUUUAGAAACAGAGACUCUAGAACCACUAAAGCCUACAGGAGAAGAAAACUUGGAAAUGUUGAAACCUCUAGAAAAGGAAAGUCAAGAACCACUGGGGUCUGUGGAAGGGAACCAAGAGACAUUGAGACCCCUAGAAAAGGAGACUCAGAAAUCACUGAGCUCUCUGGGAGGGCAGAAUGUAGAGAAUAUGAGAUCUCCAGAGGAGGUAGACAAGGGAAGUCAAAGGUAUCUGGAAGAGGAAGAGAACGUGGAGAAGGGAGAGAAUCCAGAGCCACCGAGGUCCCUGGAGGAGGAGGGACAGGAGCUGCCACUCCCUGCACAUCUGCAGAAGUGGGAAGAUACGGUGCAGGGGGGUCAAGAACCGGAUCAGGAAACGCCCCCUGGGAGGCCUGAAGUGGACAGUGAGGACGAGGCAGAGAUGGCACCUAGGGAACGGGAUAGCCUCGCUGGGAAGGGGGAGGCUGUAGAGCAGGGGGAGCUGCAGCUGACGGCCACAGGCAAGGCCUGGAGCCCAGGUGAGGGGCAGCUAGGGAGCCCUGAGCCCAAAGAGCAGAGGGUCUCAGCUGAGGGAGCCAGUGGGGUGGGAGGCACUGAGGGCCUCCAGGACCCUGAAGAGCGGCCAGAGCAGGUGGGGACCCCGGGUCUCCCAGCUCCCCAGGGAAUGUCAGAGGUGACAGAGCCAGUGUUGGAAGGUGAGGAUGUGGCCCCCAGGGAUGGCCGAGCCUCCCCAGAGGUCACCUUGGGCUUAGAGACUGCAGGAGCGGAACAGGGACGGGAGCAGGAGGCGGUAGGGCUGGAGGACCCAGGCGGCCUGGCCAGAGAGGAGGUGAUGGAGCCACCCCUGGGGGAGGAAGGUUUGGAGGCAAAGAGGGUGCAGGGCUUGGAAGGGCCCAGAAAGGAGCUGGAGGAGGCAGCUGCUCCGGAGCCAGAGCUCUCCACACUGCCCAGGAAGAGCAGAGACCCGCUGGAGACUCCCAGGGGCUGGGAGGAGUCUGAGCCUGAAGCCCCUGAGGAAGCAGAGGAGACGUUCCCUGCUGAGACCUCGUGCUGCGAUGGAAGUGAUACCCCCCAACCCAGGCCCUUGAGCUCAGAGGGAGCAAAGGAGGAGGUCAAACCAGUGCUGGGGCCCCCCAGCCCACGGCCCACUGAGUCCUGCUCACCCACCCCAAUCCCUGAAGAUGCCCCUGGGCCCCAGCCCCUGGCUGAGGGGAGCCAAGAGGCUAGCUGGGGGCUGGCAGGCAGGGCUGAGGUCCUGGGAAAGGUGGAGGGGGAGCAGGAGGAUUUGGGCUCUGGGGGAAUCCCUGAAGGCCUCCAGGAGGAGGGGGAGGAGAGCAGAGAAGAGAGUGAGGCUGAUGAGCUAGGGGAGACCCUUCCCGACUCCACUCCCCUGGGCCUCUACCUCAGGUCCCCUGCUUCCCCCAAGUGGGACCUGGCUGGAGAGCAGAGGCCCUCCCCUCAAGAGGAGACUGGAAAGGAAGGCUGGGGUCCUGCAGUCCUGGCCUCUGAGGGCCUUGGGGCCCAUCCCUCAGAGGAGGAGGAGGGGAGAGAUGAGGAGGAGGAACGUGGCCAUGACUCUGAGCUGUCGGAAGAAUUUGAGGACUUGGGGACUGAGGCGUCUCUUCUUCCUGGGGUCCCUGGGGAGGUGGCAGAACCUCUGGGCCAGGUGCCCCAGCUGCUACUGGAGCCUGCAGCCUGGGACCGGGAUGGGGAAUCUGAUGGAUUUGCAGAUGAGGAAGAGAGUGGGGAGGAGGGAGAGGAAGAAGAUGAAGAAGAGGGGAGGGAGCCAGGGGCAGGGCGGUGGGGGGCAGGGCCCUCGGUGGGCAGCCUCCCGGCCCUGAGUGGCCCUCAGAGAGGGAACCUCCAGGGGUCUGAGACCAUGGAUGUCAGUGUCCCCUGGGAUGAUGGCUUGAGGGGUGCGGCAUCUGAUGCCCCCAUGACCGCCCUGGAGACUGAGUCCCAGGACAGCACGGAGGCCUCAGGAUCAGAGGAAGAGUCUGAUGCUAUUCCCUUGGAGAGGGAGGGCCAAGUCCCUGGCCCUCUGGGGACCCUCAGUGGGGUGGAGGACACGGGCUUGGAGGUGGGGGACACCCUUGGUGUCAAUGGCCAGGGCCCCAGCCUGAAGGAAGAGUUGGAGCAUGUGAAUGGGGGUGUGGUGAACGGGCUGGAACAGUCUGAGGGAGUAAGGCAGGGGAAACCGGGGCCCCCUGAGGGCGACCAAGGGAGCCCCUUGGAGGAGGAGGAGGAGGGGGGUGCCCUGAAGACCCCUUGGGCAGGGGCUCCUCUUCACCUGGGCCAAGGCCAGCUCCUGAAGUUCAGUCAGCGAGAAGGAGAUGGAGACUCCUGGUCCUCAGGGGAGGACUAGAGGAAGAGCACCCCCUCCUGCACCGAGGUCUUGGGCAGGGGGGUAUCCCCAAGCUCCUCCCUGCUCGGAGGCAGCACCCUUAACUUAUCUCUUGACCUGUGGUUUCUGUCCGAGAGGCCUGGCUAGCCGAGGUGAAAUGGGUGUGGCAAAGGGACCCAUUCCAAGAAUGCAGGCUCUGAGAAUAGAUACCAGCCCCUUGGACCCCGCUAAUGGGGACAUCUGGCCUGCACUGUCCCACGAGGCUGAAGCCAACUGAAUCGCUGUAGGACUAGGCCCCCCCUUUCCCUUGCACUCCCUUUCCUCCCCAUCCCAUCAGCUGGAAAAGGCCAGGGGCCCGGUGGCUCCUCCAAGGGGAGGGGGCCGUGGUGGUCCAUGCGCCAGGGCUCACCUGCUCUGCCCUUCUUCAGUGCACCCUCAUGGGAUGUCUGGCUGGUGGCUAAUGGGGGUGAGGGGGUGCUCCUAUGUCCUGACCCCCCCAUAUGCCUGCCAUGUUGUAGCCCCAUCUGGCUUUUCCCUGCCUGAAUAAAGUAAUGCCUCCGCCUACAAA